CGUCGAGUCGUUUUUGCAAUCACGAGCUACCAUGUCUGGUGCAGCUAUCAAGCUGAUACCUAUGGUGCCUUACAUGAAACCCAAAGAGUUCCUACCUUCCUGUGAACCUAGAGAAGUGGUCCAUUGGGACCUAAUCAUAUCCUACCAAUCCUCGCGGUUCUUCAUUUCGUGGUUGCUAGCUCCUUCAGUGAAUCACCUCUUACUGUUGCGGAAAAACGUCGAAGGUCCAUUCCAGGUAUCAUCUGAAGAAACCUUCAAGAUGCUCUUGUCUCCUCACACUAUAUCUUUUGGCCAUGCGGGUUUCUAUCGCGUAUGCCCUUCUGAUACAAGCCCUGAUCUCAAAGUACGGACUUCUUACGCACAGCGACUCCGAAUGACAUUCCUCCCAUCCUCCCUCCUCACGGACCCUCAUUUUCCCAUCCCGCCUCACAACCCCACAGACAACCCCACCUCGAAAUUCGAUCUGCCUAUGCUGCUCAUCCUCACAUUACUGUUCAUUCUUCAGUUCUUGGAGAAAUGGAUCUCUCACCUCUUCAAGGCCAGAUUCGUACCGGGUCAGGAACCAUGGCUACGUUGGGAGAGCGCGUACGCUCGGUUGGACAAACCCGAAGACGAGAUCUUGGAUGACUCGGACGAAGUUUAUCUUUCUUCGACAUACAAACUUGGUAGCCAUAGGCAUGAUGACGAUACUCAAGGAUCGCUUGAAAUAGCUCGCUAGUAUCUAUGAAAGGGGGGGGGAAUAGAGAGGAGCCUUUCAUGCCCCACUGAGCUACAGUAUCAUAAGCCUUCGGCCCUUUCAACUUUGCCUCGAGCAACUCGAGGAUCUCAACCCUUUACAUUUGCGCAUACCACUCUCAAUGCCGUUUGCCGCUGUUGUACAUGUUGACAGUGCUGCUAAACGGCAAAAUUGUGUAUGAGGCCCACCACAGGGACCCACAUUAACAAAGAAGAGAGACGGAACUCCGAGUCGACCAAGUCUAGACUUCCACCGGUAAGUCAGUCACCAGCAGUGUCGGAACGGAAGUCGGCCUUCAACGAGCGAUCGGGUCUAAACAUGGGAUCUCAGUUCAGCCUACUUACUAGUGAUCGAGUCUUAAAGCGACAACCUGAGAGGAUUUCCUCCUUGUGCUCAUCUGACGAGCUUCGUGGUACUGAUGAUGCAUAUAAAAGCCUUCACUCUGCCUUAGGACCACUUCCCGGGCCCCACAUCAGUACUACACCAACAUCGCAACUUGAGUUAGACACGUCAUCCUGUCCCAUUCAAUUGACUUGCCCCAUUUUUUCUCCUAGCACUAGUACGAAUAUGACCUUGAAACUCACACUGUCUGUGACACCGUUCAGGUUCAAACGAAUGCCUCCCUCCCGAUCCGAAUCUAUCCCCACCGCCUGUGUCUCAGAUGUCUUUCCAGCCACCAAAAUCCUCGAAUUCAGUUCGGAGCAACGCAAUAGGUUCAUCUGUCCUACGCCCAAUAUGCCCAUAUAUCAUGGUCACUUCCCCCGGCACUAUAUAGUAACGAUGCACAAAACGAAGACGAGCAUAGGCAUUAUAGUAAUACUAAACGUCAUCUGCAAUUUUUGCUCUCACUGCUUUUGCAGGUUUUCAACUGCUACGGGAUGUGCAGUUCUAUAUACGCAUGCCCUGAAAUUACUCCAAGGCACCGGGUUUCCAUAUUUCUAUGGACAGUUUGAAUGUGGAGAGGAGGAGGAUGCUCAGAAGUCUGUCGACCUUCUUCGAUAAUCAACAAUCAACAUGUAGCAAUUGGACAGGUCCUACGUCAAGCUCGAUUAAGCACCAACGCACCAACGUACCUCCAUCUUACUUCGCACUCAUGCCUCAGAGCUUGGGAACUUCACACAUUCAAAGAACAUAUUCCGAGGAACACUGAUCCCAUUAAAUACACUAGUAUACCAAUAGCAUAUAGGCUAACACUAGAGCAUUUCGGAACCACAAAACAACAUUACACUAUCGGAAGAAAAAACGCCAAAAAACGUAAAGAUAUGCAAUUCUGAAGGCCUGACUAGUGGUACAAAGGGGAGGGGGAUAUGGUUUGUUGACAUGAAAAAAAGCGUGCGCGUGAGGUAUCGUAGAGUGUAGAGUAUAUAGGACGUCGUAAAAGAAGCAGGGUCAGGGCGUAAAGAGUAGGGAGUAGGGAAGAAGGCUCGAGGAAAGCAGAUACUUUUUUACACCUUCUCGUCCGACGCACGAUCAUCCGUAUGUACUUUGCCAGUUUUAUCGGAUACAUG